AUGGCAGCAAAGUGUGCUCGAGAAGAGUGUGGAAAAACUGUUUAUCCAAUUGAAGAGCUUAAAUGUUUGGAUAAAGUGUGGCACAAAGGUUGCUUUAAAUGUACUGCUUGUGGAAUGACUCUUUCAAUGAAAACAUAUAAGGGAUAUGAAAAGAAGCCUUAUUGUGAAGCUCAUUACCCAAAGACAGUGCCUUCAGCAGUUAUUGACACUCCAGAAAUGGAAAGAGUGCGGAUUAACACUAAAAAUCAGUCCGCGGUCCAAUACCACGAACAAUUCGAAAAAAUGCGUGGAACAAAAAUUGAGGUUGCCGAUGAUCCAGAAAUGAAACGUUUAUUGGACAACACAAAAGUCCAGUCAUUGGCACAUUACCACGGAGAACACCAAAAGAAAGUUGAUCAGGACGCUCACCGCUCCGGCGGGGAAAGCCCAAACCCUGCGGCUGCUGCAGCAGCGGCUUUCUUUGCAACAGCAGCGACAGCCAAUAUUCAACCAGCACCUGCUUAUGAGCCUUCCCACAAAGUUUACAAUUCUAAUUCUAUGGAGUCUAUUUCUACACAUUCUUCUUCACAACCAUUCAAUACUACACAUUUGCAUUUAAAUUAUCAACAAAUAAAUAAUGGAAACGAAACUAGCAAUAAUAAUGGAAAUCCAGCAGCUUCCUUUAAUGUUUAUGGGUUAUUAGCUGCUGUGGAUGCAAAAAAGAAAAAUAAAGAAAAUGAUGGAAUAUCUCCAUAUACCCAAAGGUUAAUGCAACAAACACACGGAACUAUUGUUUAUUCAACAGAAAUGGGUGGAAGGGUUUCCCCAACCGAGAAAAAACCUGUCGGUUCAAUUGCAGAUUAUGACCCUAUGAGCGCAGAACAACCAACCAAACAAAUAAACGCUACUGGGCCUGCAGGUGGUGGAAAAGCCCCUGGAGGAAAGGCUGCGACGGGAGGGUUUACUGUUAAAGCUCUUUAUGAUUAUACAGCUGCGGAUAAAGAUGAAGUCAGCUUUAAGGAGGGAGAUGUUAUUGUUAAUUGCCAAAAAGUGGAUGAUGGCUGGUUAACCGGAACAGUACAGAAAACAUUGUUAUGGGGAAUGUUGCCAGCUAAUUAUGUUGAGAAGAUUAAUACACCGACAGGAAUGUUUCGUGUAAAGUAA